AUGGGUUUGCAUCCUCAUGGCAUUAUCUGCUACAGUCAUUUUGUCAACGUUCUCACGGAUGUCACCGGAUUCAAAUCUCUCUUUCCGUCCAUCGACCGCCGUAUUGCCACGCUCAAUAUCAUCUUCCUCUUUCCGUUCAUUCGAGAGCUCGCAUUGAUUCAUGGUCUUAUUAGCGUUGAAAAGAAUUCGAUCAAAUACUGGCUGAGUAGAGGUCGAAAUAAGGCUGUUGGAGUUGUGAUUGGCGGGGCAGCCGAGAGCUUGGAGUGUUUUGAGGGAACGAAUAGGAUCGUCUUGAAGAAAAGGAAGGGUUUCUUUAAGGUUGCUUUGGAAACUGGUGCAGCCCUCGUUCCGAUAUACAGUUUUGGAGAAACAUCGCUAUGGAAUCAAAUGAGCCACCCUAUGCUCUACAAACUUCAAAAAGCACUCCUGCGACUAUGCGGCUUCACCAUACCUCUGGCUUACGGACGAUGGUAUACACUGAUCCCGCGACAGCAACGUGUCGUCACCGUUGGAAAACCGAUACCCGUUACUAAAACGGAAAAUCCAACCUCGACUCAAAUCGACGAACUGCAAGCAAAAUACAUUCAAGCUCUGCAGAGCCUUUAUGACAAAUAUAAGGAUGAGUACGACAAGGAUCGGAAAGAGGAGUUGAAGAUUGUAGGAUGA